GUCCAGACGCAGCCGCCUGGACGCGCCUGUCAUUUGGAGGAAACUCCUCCCCGCAGACAGCGCGUCCUGUCGCCUUUCCAGCGCAAUGGUCUCCUGGAUCAUCUCUAGACUUGUGGUACUCGUGUUUGGUACACUAUAUCCCGCGUACUCAUCUUAUAAAGCUGUAAAGUCAAAAGAUGUGAAAGAAUAUGUGAAAUGGAUGAUGUACUGGAUCAUAUUUGCCCUAUUCACGGCUGUAGAAGUGUUUACAGAUAUGUUUCUUUGCUGGAUUCCUUUCUACUAUGAACUGAAGAUAGCCUUUGUGGUGUGGCUGCUGUCCCCUUACACUAAAGGCUCCAGUGUGCUAUACAGGAAGUUUGUUCAUCCCACGCUUUCCUCAAAAGAAAAGGACAUUGAUGAGUAUAUCUGCCAAGCAAAGGACAAAAGCUAUGACACACUGGUGCAUUUUGGGAGAAAAGGGCUGAAUGUUGCCGCCACAGCUGCAGUCAUGGCUGCAACAAAGAGCCAAGGGGUCCUGUCAGACAGACUGAGGAGUUUCAGCAUGCAGGAUCUGUCCUCCUAUCAGUCUGACCCCGUUAACACCAGCCCUGGCACUACGCAGCCUGCAGCAGCACAACAUCGGACCAGAUCUAUGAUGCGCAGCAAGUCGGAGAGCUACAAAGGACAGGAUUUUGACAUGACUGAGUAUGAGGUGUUGGGGAUGCAUCAGUGGGACUCCAAAGAUUUGCAGUCUGAGUCCAUUUCACCUUCUGAGUCCGAGUCCACACCCAUUACGCUCUCGAUGACACCCCAGUCCUCCCCACCUUCCACACCCUCCCCACCUCCCUCUCCUCCAGCUCCGGAGCAGCCUGAGGAGUGUAUUUCAGCCUUGAUAAUAACUUCUACUUUUGAUGUGAUAUGUAUGGAAAUGAUUCUGCAUUAUCAGCCCCCGAAAUUAAUGGCCUCCUCAUAGAGUCUUAAGGCCUCUCACAAGAUCCAGGAGUGCUCUUUCUUCGAACAAUGAAGCCAUGUGAAACUGUCCUAAAGACUCCUCCAGCUGCCUUUGCUGCAAGAAGUAAAAAUACUGAAUGGCCAAAAGCUACAUGACUGAAGCAGCCUUGCUUUGGAAUAAGGUAUUACCAAAGUGACCUAUGAUGACCCCUCUAUAUAUACAUACAGUAUCUCAUGGCUCAUGAUUUAAAAACAAUGAGGUUUGUGACACUGAGAUAGUCCGAAUGAAUGAAUGGGCUCCAUGCUGAUAGACAUUUUGAGUUAGUGGGUUAUUGAAUAUGUAUUUAUGUACAGUUUGUGUGUACUUCAUCGUUCUGAUUUGAUUGUUUUUAUAUAUCAGGUUCAGGGAGGCAAUUGCAUGCGUGUCUUCCCAGUCAUUAGUCCACUGUUUAUUUACCAGAAUGUACUGUCACUGUCAGUGUUAGAGAAUGUGCUAAAAGCCAAGGAUCAAAAGAAAAGGCGUGGCUGUUUUUACCCCCGUUCAAUCUGUUCUGGAGAAAUGUCUGUGAGAAGCUGAAUUCUGCACUGAUUUAUUAACACAUAGAGAAAUUCAGAAAUCAAAUAUCUAGUCUGAGAUGAGACAAACUACCUUUGUAGUAAUGAAAUAGUGGUGGGCGAUAUUCUGUUAUUUACCUCUCUAUUAAAGCCUUAAAGAAAGACAUAGCAGAGACAUCAAAAUAUGAAAAGUCUCCACACAUGAUAUUUCUAACUAUGUUCUCAUUAAACAAUCAUUUUUGCACUAUGUUUAUAAAACUACUGCCCUCAUUCAUCUGAAAUUGCCAAAAUGGCAUAAAACUAUAAUCAUAACAAAUUAGUAGCUGAAUAUUAUCACCAAUAAUCAUCAUUUCUUCUGCAGUGAAGAAAUUAUUACUUGUCUGACAAGUAAGAGCAUUUGCAUCGCAGAUAAAUGAAGUCACUACAACAAGAGCUUUCCUCAGUGGAGCAGACUGUUUUUGACAAUCUACUGUUCAGCUUGUAUGCACGCUUUUGUCAUUUAAUUGACAAUUUAUUUGGCAAUUUAAGGUUAGAUUACACAUUGAUCAGCCAUAACUUUAAGACUUCUUACAGGUGAAGAGAAUAAUUGAUCAUCUCAUUACAAUGCAAUGUUCUGCUGGGAAACUCUGGGUCCUGACACUCAUGUGGAAGCUGCUUGACAUGCAGCGGCCGCCCACAUGCCUCUGCAGGCCAAGUACCCCCCUGAUGGCAGUGACCCCCAGUAGGACAACACGUCAUGCCACACUGCAAAAACUGCUCAGGAAUGUCCCCAUGGAACGCAACAAAGAGCUCAAGAUGUUGAUUUGGCCUACAGAUUCCCCAGAUCCCAAUCAGGUCGCAUCUGUGGGACGUUGUAGUGAGGGUAAGGGCCCCGCUGGGAGCAUGGGCCUCAAAAAUCCUCACAUUAAUUAAUUUUUUUUGGUCAGCAGUUUUUUUGUAUUUCUAUGUAAUUAGUGCCAUAUCUUAAUUUAAAUGGGCUGAAUAAUUUGAAAAUGUCACAUCACACUGUCCUUUUUUGGCUGUCCUGCAUGGCUGUCAGGCUAGGUGGGCGUGUGAAAGGGGGCGGGCAUAAGUGAUUAAGAGAGACAAUUCAGCCCAGGUGUGGAGCUCCAGCAGAGAAGAGAUGUUUCCAGAGUGCAGUGAGGUUUAUGAGCUGCCAAAGGAGUGCUGAAGCAAAGCACUGUUGGAUUACACAGAGCGACUGACUCAGUGACGGCCAACAGCUCAAGGCCAGGACAGAGAGGCAAAAGGUAGGCCAACAUCCCGCACCUUUAGCCUGGCGGCCAAACGCUCACUCUCCAGCACCACAUGUACAGGCAGCUAAGCCCUGGAGACCCAACAUGACUGUUUUAAGAGAAUAAUAGUAUCAAGUACCCAAGGUUGUGUUUGCUUUGACAGUAGCUCAGCUUUUAGAAGGGGUGCCCCAUGUACAAAGGCCAUGUCCUUGCUGCAGCAGCCACAGGUUCAAUUCCAACCUGCAGCCCUUUGUUGCAAGUCUUUUCCACUAUCUCCAUCUCAAAAAAGUAAUCUUUUAAAGACUAAACUUUUGUUUUUCUAUUUAAAAAAAAAAAGUGGAAGCUCUCUGAGGCUUCUCUCACCCCUUAAAGAAGUAAAAUGCUUUAGCCGCCCCUGACCUAGGAUCUAUCUAAAACACAGCCGCAGCCGAGUGACUGCUUAUAUUGCUGGAGCUCUAAUGUACACUGUCAUGUCUUUUCCCAAAAAAAGUGAAAUCCAAAAAAGAAAAGAAAGAAAAAGGGAAAGAAGGUACCUGAUUUUGUAUUUUGUGUGGUGCCUGUUUGUAUUUGGUGCCUGAGAUAGACAUGGAUUAAAAGAGGAAGAUACUGCUUAUGCAUAUGGCCCAGAAUUUGGAGAAUUUGGAGGCCAGGUUAACACCCCAAGCUCUUUGUCACGUUCCUGGUGUUAUUCCAGAGCAGUUUUUACAGUGCGGCAUGGUGCAUUAUCCUGUCGAGGAGGGGCUGCUAUCAUUGGGGAACUUGAUCUGCGACGGUGUUUGGUGGGUGGCGUGCAUCAGAAGGCAUCCACAUGAAUGUCAAGACCAAAAGUUUUAACAGCAGAACAUUAUAUUGUAACAAGAUGACCAAAGUUAUUCAGCUGUCAGCGGUUUAGAUGUUGUGGCUGAAGGGUGUAUGUGUCACUUUCAGCUGUAGCAGAAACAGGAUAUAACAUGAGUAAAUAUUUACUGUAUGUAAACAUGGUCCUUUUCCAUGUUUUAAAUCACUGUGUCGCGCUCUAACUGAGCAACACCCAACCCAACGAUCUUACCUUCUCCUUUUUUUUAGGAAUCAUUAGAGGGACUUUAUGGGUUCGCAGGUUUACAAACUUUGAUCUUAGUUAAUAUUGCAUGGUGAUACACUGUAUGUUUCCAUCUUGUACUUAAUUCACUGAGCCUGAAUCAUAGCAAUGUAUUACACAAAGUAUCACUGUGUUGCUUGUUGACUGGUGAACUUCCACUGUAGAUUUAUAAUUUUCAUCAGUGUAACAUUUUGGGCGGUCUGAAGUUUGAAACAAAAGCUUCUCAGGUACAACUGUUCUGUUUACACGUCAUUCACUCUGAUGUUGUAGAUACACUUGUUAUGCACAUGAAAUGUCCUUUUAAUGGAUAAAUGGUGAAAAAAUGAAACAGGAAAAAUCAGAUUAUGUGUUUCAACGUAAGUAGUAUCAGUGUUAGUGCUGGAGGUGAUUUCCUUCUAUUAUAAAAAUCAUGCAAAGUAAAAUGGAGAAAAAAAACAUAUUGCUGAGUAGCAGAUUUGUAUACUUGUGCGUAGACUGAUGAACUCAUCAUUGCAUGAUGUUUGUUAUCAUUUGUAUGAAAAUUGGGUUUCUUAAAGGAUUUUGUUCAAAUGCCUUGCUGGUAAACAAUGAAUUACAUUGUCAUUUUUGGUUGCUUUGUAGAAAGAAUAUGAAAUGUUAUACAUGUUGGCUUUAUAUAUAUAUAUGAAUAACGUCUUAUUUACUGAUAAAUUAGGCACUUUUGACUUUAUUCACGAGGAAAAAAAACACUUAAGUUAUCCUAAGAAAUUUUGUUCUGGCAGGCCAGAAUGUCAAACUACUUAAAUUUCAACUUGAUUGUGAGAUAUGACACACAAAGCAGUGAAGUGAUGACAUGAUGGUCUAUGGCUAUGGAUUUAUCGUUCUACUAGGUUAAAUAUUUCUGUUUAAAUCAAUUUACAGCCAUUAAA